GUAGUACGUACGAGUAGUACAAGUUUUGCUGUAAACACCGUUUGGACACUUUGCACACAAUUGCAAAUUGCAUGUUUGUUUUAUUCAUUCGUACGUUCGGUUGAAUUUGGAAACUCUCUGAAUUAAUGGAAUUAAUCCACAACUAAAUUGCUGACUGUUCGAUAACUCAGAAUGAAUGUGUGAAGUGUAGUGUGUGGCAAAAACAUUGGACACGUCGCGAGUGUCAUAAAUAUUUGUAACAUAUUGCUAAUCAUUUAAGUUAUAAAACAUCGACGGUAUGGAUGUAACUGGAAACUAAAUACUAAAAAUCAUUAAAGAUUGAGUACCUAGUUUGAAAGUUUAUUUUUGAAGAAAUAUUGCAGUUAAUCAUGGACGAGACGGUAAUGCUUAUUCUUCUCGUGAUUGUAAUGCUAGUCGGUUCCUACAUAGCGGGAAGUAUACCGUUAAUCGUGACACUCUCUGAGGAAAAACUUAAAAAUGUAUCAAUAUUCGGUGCUGGAUUAUUGGUCGGAACCGCCCUUACGGUUAUAAUUCCCGAAGGCAUUCGGUCAUUGUACGACGAAAGCAAUCUUGAAGUUAAAUCUAUUGACACAUCGUUGCCGCCGGGACAUAAGCACAGUUCUGAUGAGCAUUCGUCUACAAUCGGCCUUUCGUUGGUGUUGGGCUUCGUCUUCAUGAUGCUUGUGGAUCAAGUGUCCUCACGGCGUAAGGAAGGAACGAAUGAGCGUAAUUUAACGGCCACAAUCGGGUUGGUGGUUCACGCGGCAGCUGAUGGAGUAGCUCUGGGCGCAGCAGCAACUACCAGUCAUUCGGAUGUGGAAAUCAUUGUAUUUUUGGCCAUUAUGCUCCACAAAGCUCCGGCUGCUUUUGGCCUGGUCAGUUUUCUUUUGCAUGAAGGAAUUGAACGCCAACGGAUACGAAAGCAUCUGCUUAUUUUCUCCCUGUCGGCUCCACUCCUAACUAUGCUGACCUAUUUUGGCAUCGGCCGUGAGCAGAAAGAAACUCUCGAAUCGUUGAAUGCCACCGGAAUCGCUAUGCUGUUCUCUGCGGGAACGUUUCUGUAUGUGGCCACUGUUCACGUUUUACCGGAGCUGACGCAUAAUGCUGGCCACAGUCAUCAUGGUGGGCACCAUGAUUACAACAUGCUUGAACUGCAAACUUCCUCUGCAGAUACAAGAAUCGUACGGGGCGGAAGCGGUUUAAAAAAUACUGAGCUAGUUUUACUUAUUUUGGGAGCCCUGAUGCCUCUGUUUCUAACCAUGGGACAUCAUCAUUAAUGUGUGCCAGCGACUUUGAUAUGAUUGUAAUCAUUGCCAAAUUUUUUACGAAAUUAUCCAUCUAGGCCGAAAGAAAAUGCAAUUAGAACAAAUGUGCGAUCAACCUGAUAGAGAAUGUAGGACGAUGUAUGUGCUCAUUUCUAGGAAAAGGGAGCAAACAGAAUCAAGGUCAGGUAAAUUUUGAAUGAGUAUUCUGUGUCUGCCUCUACCAAGGCUCAUCUUAGAAUAUAAGCGUAGAUAUUUGUUGACAGAUGUAUUCCAAAACAGUUUUCGUUUAGAAUGGACAAUUUAUUUUUAAGCGCAAUACAAAAGCAAUGGGAAAGACUAGGUAACCGACUGUAGGUUUGUAGGCUGGUUGACAUUUUAUUUGUUAUAAUAUAGCUUUAUCACGCAGAUAACAUUUUGUUUAGAUAGCGAGAAAGUUUUACUUGCACGAAGGCGAAAUAACCUCCAGUUUGCGCUCAAGGGACGUAUAAACUAAUCGUAGCUAAAUUAAAUACCUUUCAGUACGUGACUAUCCAUAAAUCUUACACACGAGUUCUCACCGAAAAAUAAACCGAAUGUUCCGCGUACGGUGGGGUGAGUAGAUUACACUAUCUUUAUCAUUGCGUGAAUGAAAAACAGAAUCAGUCUGGAUUAUUAAGACUAUAAUCUGUACGGGAUUGAUGUUUAGCUAGGUGUAAGGAAGGACUAUUUUGUUUAGAAUGCUGUAGUAGAACGCACUGAGAACUGAGAUGAAUCGUUCAAAAUUAUGAAUAGAGAAUGAAUAAAGUCAUGAAUAGCUUAUU